AUGUCCAGAAGACAUCCCAUUGAAUCGGCCGUCUCAGACUCUGAAGACGAGAGAGAAGCCCAUCCUCCUACUUUAAAGCGCAGAUCUUCCUCGGCGUCUUCGAUCUUUAGUUUUCACCAGGAACCUCUACCUCCUCCUGACCAAAAGGACAUUUUGGCCUUUACCUCAGAUAACAGGCAUCUAUCCUUUAUUCGCCAGCUCCAUAUGGCCGAUUGUAUCACCAUGCUUAAUGGGUUUUCUGGUUUUUAUUCCAUAGUGUCUUGCCUGCGUUACGCAAUCAAUGACGAUGUUAGUUACAUUACUAGGGCCAUUGUAUUUGCAUUUUUAGGUGCUUUCUUUGACUUUUUCGAUGGAAAAGUGGCCCGUUUGAGACAUAAGGCAUCGUUAAUUGGCCAAGAAUUAGACUCUUUGGCUGAUUUGAUAUCUUUUGGUGUUGCCCCGGCUUGUAUAGCCUUCUCCUUAGGUAUGCAGUCCACUGCUGAUGUCCUUACGUUGGCAUUCUGUGUCCUGUGCGGACUGGGUAGAUUGGCCAGAUUUAAUGUUACUGUUACAAACAUUCCUAAAGAUCAGACCGGAAAAUCAAAGUACUUUGAAGGCUUCCCUAUUCCAACUACUCUUUUCUGGGUCAUGAUCAUGUUUGGCUUGCUCCUUAAGGGUUCUUACGCCCAAAAUCUCCCCGGUGGCCUACUUUGGCAAGGAACCUUCUAUGAAUGGCAUCCUUUUACUGCUGUCUUCUUUUUCCAAGGUAGUAUGAUGAUUAGUAAGAGUAUACAUAUUCCAAAGCUUUAA